AAUCCGUAGCCGAGACCCGCGCGGUCGCUCUCGGGGCCCCGCCCCGCGCCCCUUCCUGGGGCGGGGGAGAGGCCGUGGCGCGCUCGGGAGCGGGCGAGGGAAUCCCUCUCCCUCCACGUCACCCGAAAGCGAGGAAACCCGCACUCGCGUCCUCUAACGCAAAUGACCAUCUUUGGCAACGUGCGCCAAUGGAGCAGACCAAGGGCGCUGGGCGCGGGGGAGAGAGGGGCUAGGGGAGGCCCAGGGCUGCCUUAGCUGCCCCAGACCGCGCGGGCCGCGCGCUCCCACCGGGGCCACCGCCUGCCUUCCUCGCGCGAGGUGUGCGGCUGGCGUCAGCGCGGCCGGCAGCCGAGGCAGGGAGGGGAGCGCUGCGUCGGCCUCCUCCCCUCCCGCGCCUCUUCCUCCUCCUCCUCCUCCUCCCCCCCCCGCCCCCUCGUGCGCUCCUCCCUGCAAGGUGGAGUCUGGGGUUGACGUGAGUGAAUCCACAUGGUACAGGGGCUGGAGAAUAAAGAGUGUGGAGUUGAACUCGUGCCAUUGUAGUGACUCAUCUCGGGCAGAGCGCAGGGGCUCCGAGCAAUCCAGCGAGCGAGCGAGCGGCGCUCGGCGGGGACAGAGAGAGAGAGAGGGCGAGGUGCGGACGGGCGAGGCGGGCCCGUCCGGGAGCGGGCACCGGGGAAGGGGUGCAGGUCCGGGCGCUGGAGCGGCCGCGCAGGGAGCGGGGUCGCGUCCGCCUCAGAGCCGGCUCAGCGUGAACCCCACGGGCCGCUGUCCCGCUGGCGCGCUCGGGGCCGCGGCACAGGCGCACGCUGCCUCCUUCUCCUAGUCAAGUGUCCGAGCCGCUCCGAAACUCCGGCGGCGAGUCGGCCACAGGAAGUUUACUCUCGGGCUCCUUUUCUAAAAGGAGGAAAUAGAAGUUUCUCCAAGGGGGCAGCUUUUCUUUUCUCCUUUUUGGCCCUGUCUGAAAUCGGGGUACCUAGAGCUGGCAAGCGAGGCUCGCCCGGCUCCUAUUCUUUUUUAAUUUCCAAAUUUUUGAUUGGGCCGUGGGUCCCCGGCUGGGCUCCGGCUGCGCGCGGGGGCGGGAGGGUGCGCGCAGGGGAGGGACCGACGGACGCGCCGACUUUUAGAGGGAGGGACUGGGUGGACAACUGGUCCCGCGGCGCUCGCAGAGCAGGAAAGAAGUGCCGUGCGAGGCGCUCGGGGGACACUGUUCCCGGAGUGUCGCCGCCUCCCUGUCCUCGCCCGCUGCGGUGGAGCAGAAACCCGGGAGUGAAGACUAGGGCCCGCGGCGCGGCCGGCGGACGAGCAAGCGCGCAGCAGCCGGUGCGCGGCCGCGGCGAGGGCGGGGGAAGAAAAACACCCUGUUUCCUCUCUGGCCCCCACCGCGGAUCAUGUACCAGGAUUAUCCCGGGAACUUUGACACCUCGUCCCGGGGCAGCAGCGGCUCUCCUGCGCACGCCGAGUCCUACUCCAGCGGCGGCGGCGGCCAGCAGAAAUUCCGGGUAGAUAUGCCUGGCUCAGGCAGUGCCUUCAUCCCCACCAUCAACGCCAUCACGACCAGCCAAGACCUGCAGUGGAUGGUGCAGCCCACGGUGAUCACCUCCAUGUCUAACCCAUACCCACGCUCACACCCCUACAGCCCCCUGCCGGGCCUGGCCUCUGUCCCAGGACACAUGGCCCUCCCGAGACCCGGCGUGAUCAAGACCAUUGGCACCACCGUGGGCCGCAGGAGGAGAGAUGAACAGCUGUCCCCUGAAGAGGAGGAGAAGCGUCGAAUCCGGAGGGAGAGGAACAAGCUGGCUGCAGCCAAGUGCCGGAACCGCCGCCGGGAGCUGACGGAGAAGCUGCAGGCGGAAACGGAGGAGCUGGAGGAGGAGAAGUCAGGCCUGCAGAAAGAGAUCGCCGAGCUGCAGAAGGAGAAGGAGAAGCUGGAGUUUAUGUUGGUGGCCCACGGCCCUGUUUGCAAGAUCAGCCCCGAGGAGCGCCGAUCACCCCCAGCCCCGGGGCUGCAGCCCAUGCGCAGUGGGGGUGGUGCAGUAGGCGCUGUGGUUGUGAAACAGGAGCCCCUGGAAGAGGACAGUCCCUCAUCCUCAUCGGCAGGGCUGGACAAGGCCCAGCGCUCCGUCAUCAAGCCCAUCAGCAUCGCUGGGGGCUUCUACGGGGAGGAGCCGCUGCACACUCCCAUCGUGGUGACCUCCACGCCUGCCGUCACUCCGGGCACCUCAAACCUCGUCUUCACCUACCCCAGCGUUCUGGAGCAGGAGUCGCCCGCGUCACCCUCUGAGUCCUGCUCCAAGGCUCACCGCAGAAGCAGUAGCAGCGGGGACCAGUCAUCAGACUCCUUGAACUCCCCCACUCUGCUGGCUCUGUAACCCAGCGCACCUCUCUUCCCCAGCUCCGGAGGGGUCCUAGUCACUGCCUCCUUCCCAGGGACCAGCACCUUCAAGCGCUCCAGGGCCAUGAGGGCAAGAGGGGGACCUACCAGGGAGCUUCCUGGCUCUGGGGGACCCAGGUGGGACUUGGCAGUGAGGCGCUGGAGGACUUGGGUUGAUGUCUUGGAAGCCAUGGGGCCUCCUCCCUCAUUCAUCUUGCAAGCAAAUCCUGUUUCUUGAAAAGCCUUGGAGAACUUGGUUUGGUGGACUUAGACAUCUCUCUGGCUUCUGAAGAGCCUGAAGCUGGCCUGGACCGUUCCUGUCCCUUUGUUACGAUAUUGUCUCUGGAGUGAUGGUGUCCUUCCCUGCCCCACCAAGCAUGCUCAGUGCCUUUCGGUUUCACCUUCCCUCAACUUGCCCCUUCCCUCCCCCAGUGUCAAUCUCACUCCCUCUUGGUUUUUAUGAAAUUUGCCAUGACAUUUCAUCUGGGUGGUCUGAAUAUUAAAGCUCUUCAUUUCUGGA